AUGGUGUAUACGGCACGCGUAGUGUCGACAUCCCAUGCGUCCGGACGCGAUAACGAUGUAGCUCUCACGGAGAUGGAGCUGCUGGAACAGAAUCAAAGACGAUUAGGCAGCCUGACAGGCCGUAUGACGACCAUCCUCAAUGGCUUUGACCGACGCCUUGUCAAGUUGGAAAGCAGCAUCCUGCCUAUUCAUAAAAGCACACAGACCCUAUCGCGCAUUAGCUCCAAUGUGAGUGAGGUGCAAAAAGAACUCGAUACCAGUCUACGUCACUACGGUGUUGUUGUGGACGACGAGCCUGAGAUUCUUCGUGGCCCGGACCCACGAAACCCAUGGCCCUACUUGGAAGCCAUCCAGCGCGUGAUCAAAGAGGCCAAUGAGGCCCCUGGCGGGGAAGCAAGCCAGGCAGGGAGCAAACGGCAUAGGCUGACCGAACAAGGUGCACGUAAAGUCGCUGAACUCGUGCGUGAAUAUACCGCCGCCGAGUCGCGCGCGAUUGACCCCUUCUCCUACACACAGCAAGGCCUUGCAUUGCCUGGUGUCUCGAACGAGUGCCUUACAUCCGACAAGGCACUUCUCCAGUUUCUCUAUACUCUGCCGGAAAUGCAGCACAAUGCCACAGCUAGUGCCUUUGCGCUUGCUUUGCAGUCGUAUGCGAGCGUACGAUCCACCUACCUUACUGCCAGUCUCGAUGCACAUAUGAAGCGAGUGGUCCAUAUUGCUGCCAUGACACAGCAAGACUCUGUACCAGCACCGCGAGAGGCCCAUGUGGACUACCAGCGUGGCACGCUGCCAGUGCAAGAGUUUUGUGCCGUUAUGCUCUCGAUGGUACAGCAGGAACAGAAUGCGAUUGCUACGCUAUUUCAGGGGAUGGCUUGGGAGGGCUGGCGUGGUAAAACAGCCACGUGUGUCCUCCAGCCGUUGGUCCAGGCCGUGAAUGCUAUGAUGCCGAUGCUGCUGCCACGCCUACACCAUGGUCUGAACGCACAUCGCUACAUGGUUCUCGACUUCAUCGCCCAGACGCAGGCCGUUUUUGGCGUGGAUGGACAAAAGUGGAUAGCGGCACUGCAAGGUACGCAAUGCGAUACCUGCAGCUUCACCUCGGUUCUCGGCUCGGUACGUCAGGAUGCGCUCCUGUUUUUCCCGGAGCUGCUGCGAGAUAUCAAGAUCAUCCCUGUGCAGCAAAAUCAUGACGCGCUACAGGUCGGUGUGAGUGAUAUUGCGCGUCUAGGUAUGGUCCUCCUACGUGGCCUGGUCUGUUUCCAGGAUGUAAUGCUCUUCCUGCUCCAGACGAUGGGCAGCAAGAACUGGGUCGAAGGCCAGGCCUCCGCCAUGUCGCCUGACGCAUUAUGGGCCGACUAUGUGAAAGAUUUUAUGUUGUCCAUUGUGACCUCUUUAGAACGUACCGUGGCAGCCAUCCCUCAGCCGACGGUCGCGUCGAUUUUCCUACUCAACAACGUUACCUUCCUCCAGAAGGACUUGCGAGCCCUUGCUCAGGCCCUCCCGCCCCCCGUCAUGAACGCUGCUGAGCACGUAGUGACGCAUGCCCUGCGUACAGCUCACACCAGCUACUUGGAGUCGUGGAAUGUCGUUGUGCAGGCACUCGUCGAUGAUCAAUCUGCAGCACGAUCAGGACCCAUGGGCAAAUUUGCGGUCCUUAGUGACCGUUCGAAACCUGACGCCUUUGCACGCUUCUAUGAAUACCUCCAGCAGAUGGAACAGAUCCAUCGGACGCACCCGCUGCAGAGGGACACGGGCUUGGCCGACUCGUUGCGGAACGAUGUCACGCGGUUGAUCAGCCCCCUAUACGCGGUCACCUUGUCUAAGCAGCGGUCCACCUCCCAACGCAGUGCGCGGUGGUCCGAGCGCGACUUGGAUCAGUGGAUAGCACAGCUGUAUCUGUAG